CAGGGAGUUCAUCUUUUGUCUGUGGAGCAUCCUAUCGUAGCUUUCCGGUGAAAGUACACUAAAAAAAACGAGAACCAUUGUUUUGAACCAUACAUGUGUUCUUUUUAUUUUUGGCUCCCUUGUUCUUAUUUCUUCCAUAUAUCAUAUAGCAUAAUGCUCAUUCGAAUAAUCUUGUACCGCGCACGCAUAAUCACAGACUUUUAUUGCAGAUCAUCGGCAUGUCAAACUGAAAGUAAAUGAUUUAUUCUUACUCAAAACCCAUGACAAAAUUAAUCUAGUACUGCACAUUGUAACAGACACAAAUACAACCUGAAAAGAUUCGUCUCCCAUUAAUUAAAUUGAACAAAACGUCUGCUAAUCUAGUACUGCGUAUUUUCCUACCUUCUACUAUUGAUCACCAGUUUACAUUUCUCUGCAGCUACGGAACUGGACUCGAAACAACCACUAAUGGUCCUUAGUAGAGCCGGCACGUUGCAGCUUCGUUACCAAGGUCACACAUUUAACAAACAUGUAACACGUGGCGAAAAAGUCUACUGGAGAUGCAGUCAGUACCUGGUGUACCGGUGCAAGGUGCGCAUUCAGACCAUGAUGGAUGAGUUCUCCAUCAGCAAGAAUGACCAUAAUCAUCCAGUAGUAGUGCGGCCUCGCGCGUACGGAUCGCUGAAGCUGUUGAAGCAACUCUUGGGCAACAUAAGAUCGUGAUACUAAAUAAAUACGAAUUAAAAGUUUUUACACACAGAAAUUCUCUCCCCAUUUUAUAUUGGAACAGUGCACUCAGCCGAUCAUCUAAUUCUUGUCUUCUUAUCGAGUGAUUUUAAUUUUAGCUGCAACGUUAUUCGCCCUACCGACCAACAGACCAGAGUUUGAGUUCCGAAGAUCAACACAACGUGGCACUCACUUGCUGAUGGUCAACGGAGUGAAGUUUUUUCGCAAUCGCCAGCGAAACGAUAAGCAUUACUGGAAGUGCCAUCAGUACUAUAAACGCAAGUGUCCCUGUACAGUCGUCAUCAAUGAGACCACGUCCAAUAUCACUGUAAAGUACAGACACAAUCACGACGAAAGUUUGACGUCAUUUGAUUCUAGUACUACAGCAGCUCGAGUUUAUCCAAAUAAGCGCAUCAAAUAAACAUUUUUGCAAGAUAACAUGUGUUUUGUCUUGAUAAUAUUUCGCCUUUUGGUCAUACCUUACCAUUUCUAACCGUCAAACCUACUACCUUUCAGAAAUCUACUUCACGAAAUCGAGCCGAGGCCGUCCGGCGAUCAUUAUCGAUGGCGUCAAGUAUCUGUUCAUGUCGGAGAAUUACAAGCGAGUAGUUUGGCGGUGCUCGUCAAUGGCCACCAGCAAGCUCAAGUGUCCAGCCCGGAUAUUGCAGUACAAGAACCCCGAGCGCUUUGUCAUUCACCGGGAAAAGCACAUCCAUGCGCCUCUGAAGCGUCACAAGGUGGCUUUCAUCGCUCAAGAAAUGUUCACGGUUUUGGAUUGAGAAGUAUGUGUCGAUAUCACAGCAUGUCGAUUGGAAAUAAAUUUUAUAGUUUUAUCCCUGUGCGUUUACAUCGACCGUUCUAGUACUUCAUUUUGGAAAAAUUAGAAUGUUCACGCUUUACUAACAGUGUUGCAACUUUCUUUGUAGAGUACAAGCACCAUCUGUCCGUGACGAGCAGUAAUGGCCAGGUGCUCACCUAUCGCAGCAGUCAGAAGGGUCGGCUACAACUGUCGUGCGAUGGAUUCUACUACGUCAAGGAGAAAACCGUGAAGCAGAAGGACUAUUGGCGCUGCAUCUAUUACACCACGAAGAUCAAAUGUCAUGGGCGAUUACACACCUUGAACGGAGAAAUUCACCACAGUACGCCCCACAAUCACGUGGCCGGAGUGUUCAAACGAUCCGACUACAAUCGUCUUUCGGAAAUUAUGAUAAAUACGGAAUCGGGUAUUGCCGGGCAGCCGUCGACACAACCUAUCUGUAUAGAAAGUGUAACUAAAGUCGAACGAUACUGAAAAUAAAUAUUAAAGUUUAGUUAUAAAUAUUUGUGUUGGCUUCGGAGUUGGUCGUAGAGCGCUACUGAAGGCGAACCUAAACGAAACCAAUUAGUACUGACUUAUUUGUUUGGUUCGCCCGAUUUUUAGGAUCCACCACAAUGACGGUGAUGGACACGUUGGACGUACCGGCUAUCGAGUUCAGCAGAACGCAGCGAGGUCGCACCAUGCUGAUCUACGACGGGUACAAAUACGUGGAAAAUCGUCAGAGCAACAAGAACGUAUUCUGGCGCUGCUCAAAAUACGUCAAGUAUGCCUGCCGGGCGACCUGUGUGACGUCCAAAAGCCCUAGUGAAUGCCCUAUUCGGCUGGCUGUAACAAACCAAUUCGUGACAGCAAAGUUUGGAUACACUCAACGGGGACACGUGAUGCUAAUGUACAACGGGUACGGAUUUAUCAAAGACCGCCAAACGGCGAAGACCUGCAACUGGAAGUGUUCGCUGUUCCGAAGGAUGAAAUGUCGUGGGCGAGCCAUUACCAAAAUCGCCGACGAUCCCCCGAGCUUUAGGGCAGCUCAGUUCGGUUACACCCAACGUGGAAAGAUGAUGCUCCUGUACGAUGGUUUUGCCUACAUCAAAGAUCGUGAUGCCCGGAACGGCUGCAACUGGAAGUGUUCGCUGGCCGGAAAGCGAAAAUGUCGCGCCAGAGCCGUUACCAAAACGGCCCUUGGACGCCAAAUGAUGAAAAUUACCAACCCCAAUCACAACCAUGACCGAAAAGCGUAUCGAUUCGAUACGGUGAAUUUCUUUGCCGACAAGAAAUAAAAUUAUCAUUUGUGCAUUGCACUGCUCAGUGUUUCAAUCGAUAACUAUACUGCGGUAGACAUCUCUAUGUGACUUUUGGAGCUAACUGUCCUCUUCAUUAUUUUAGAACUAUUCGCUAAUGCAUACUUUGGAAAAACUCGACGCGGUCACCAAAUGCUUCUGCAUGAAAAUUACAGCUACGUGCGGGAGAAGCAGAAGCAAAGUACCACCAACUGGAAGUGUUGCUGGCAUGUAAAAUUUCGCUGUAAGGCGCGAGCAGUGACGAAAGAAAUUGAGGGUCAGCAUUUUGUUCGAAUAACCUGCGGUUUCCACACUCAUCCUCCGACCACUGACUCCAAGUCUGGUGAUGCGUCGAAACACUACCACGAGAACUAUUAGACAGUGGAAAAUGGUACCAUGGUAAGUUCAGUCAUUUGUUAACGACCUGCAAACUGACACAUCACUUACGUGUACAUUUUGAAAGAUAAAUUAAUGUGAACGGUACACGUUGGUAUCCUAUAGUAUUCAAAGAUAGUGGAGAGUAGCUUUUUUUUCUUGGAAGCAAGCUUGCUAUUUGGUGAAAACAUUCGCGAAAUGAUGCGAUUCGCUUUCGAUAACGAAUACUUUUUCACCCUUCCUCGCUUUAUCAAACCAACCACCCGUACGAAUAGCACACGAACCGACUCCACGCUGAUCAGCAUUGUUGGCUGCUCCUUUUCGUCGUUGAGCUGUUGCGUUCCAGCCAAGCCUGUCUUUUCAUCGCUUUCGAUGCUUUUCGAUCAGCUUAUCGCGAAGCAUCGUAGGCUAGAAACUUUAUUGGUGUGGUGUCGGUACAUGCGAAUGAUGCUUCUGUGUGCGUGUCGAGCGUUCGUGCCGUAGCUUCUAAAACCAACCCAUUCGGUGUUGUUCGGCUGUUUGGAUGAGUAUGUGCGGCACUGACAGAUGUGUGCAAAAUCGUUUGUGAGUUGUAUCAUGGUCGUUUUGCCACUUCUUUGCUUAUGGUCAUCGCUGAGCAGUGUACAGUUCAAACGCAAGCGAUAAAAAUACAAUUGAUAAGUUGAUUGAGCAUUCGUGAGGUGAUAAUUUGCAUCAUUGCUUGGAAGAACUAGAUUAGAGACAGUCAGGGACAGUCAGGAGACGUUAGUUAAACUUUUCUCAUUUAUUGAAACCAAAGUGCCUAAACAUUUGUUUGAGGGACGAUUAAUCAGAACGUUUACAAUGCAAUACUUGUUGUCAAUCCUUAAUAUGGAUGGAAGAAAUUUGUGUUUGUAUAUCGUAACAUGGUUCUCCGGCAAAACUACUAUGGCUCAAAUAUGGUGUGUAAGCGUGGAAAGUGAUGUGUGCGAGUUUUGCGGUUGAUUAUAACUAGAAAAUGAACUUGUUUUCUUUAAAUUCAAUACAACUGAUUUUAGUUUCUUUUUUACAGGUAUACUACGAACAAACACUGGCUCUGUGCUACCGAAGCAUUUGAAAUUAUUUUGUUAAUCAUACAUUGCCAGAAUAAACUUUAUAUACAAAUUAAAGCUUUUUACAUGUAUACGAACAUCCGUUUGUGUUGAUCUAGUACUUCACCAUAUAGACUAUAUUCAAAUUUAUUUUUAAUACUCAUACGAACAACCCUUCGCGUCGUUUAAUCGGUUGAUCUAGUACCUCAUCAUGUAAAAUACAUAAUUAUCUUUCCCUCUUUUAGAUGACAUGCAAGGCUUCUCGCAACGGGUCUCACUAUGAGUUCACGUCCAGAGGAUCGCAAUGUCUAGUAUACGAUGGCUAUUUCUACAGCAAAAACAAAACAAACGAGGGUGGCGUCCGGGUCAACUGGAAGUGUCGUUACUACCAACGGUUCAAGUGCAAAGCACGAGCACUCACUAAAACAAUCAACGGCUGUGACUAUGUGAAGGUCUCCAGUACGGAGCACACCCACAUGCAAGAGAUGUACUGUAAAGACCUGCGACGGAAGCGGCGUAGAGCUAUGCAAACAGGAUCGUUAGACUAUCAAUUCCUGGGCUGAAGAUCUGUGUCACCUAUAAUAAAAAUAUCUUUGUGGAAAACAUAUUCUUUGAUGACUCUGAUUGCUUGCUCGUUUUAGCUAAGCUAGAUGGGACAGAUUAUUUUUAUGCUGCUUUAUUUGACUGUUUUUUUUAGGAGGGGCCGACAAAACAGCGGAUCUGGAAAUGGCACAGUUUGGAUCAACCCAGCGGGGGCGACCCCUUCUAGUACAUCAAGACUACACGUACAUCCGCAAUGGAGAGUUUGGCGGCACAAUCAAUUGGCGCUGUUCGGCCUACCGAAGACUGAAAUGCAAAGCCAAAGCCAUAACGGUCAAGCACAAUGGCGUGGAGUUCGUAAAACUAUCCUAUGCCUUACACAGCCAUGGCCCCAAGACUGGAAGCGAUCCGCAGUGGAAGCAUGAGCCGGAAACGGUUGAUUUCCUGCGCUGUGAAGAGGAUGAAGAAGCCAUGAUAAAAUGUUUCUUAGAAAAUUGAGAUACGUUGAAUAAAAACGACAAACUUAGAUGUAUUUUUAUGCCUUUGUUUAUCAUUCUAGUACUACACCUGAACGUUUGUUGCCACUGACAUUAUAUCAUUUUAUCUCCUAUACAGGUAACAUUAUUUAUGUGCUGUCGAAACGAGGCACUAAGCAUCUGUUCUUCGAUGGCAACACGUACACACCGAAUGAGAGACCCUAUCCCGGGCAGCGUUCGAGGACGUGGAAGUGCACGUUGUACUACCGAUUGAAAUGCCGAGCCCGUAUCGUUACCAGUGAAGCCAACGGGCUACCCAAGUUGCGUGUGGUAGUAGCCGAACAUACCCACGAAAAGCUGUUUCCCCAUUUAAGCGAGAAAUUUCGAAGCCUGUUCUAGAUCAACGAAGACACAUACCCAAAUCUAGUCCAUCACCGAUUGAUCUCUAUUUUACUCUAGUCUUAUUAAAUCUAAUCGACUUAGAAAUAAAUGUUCGUGUGCUUAGAUGAUCUGAGUGUUUGGAAGGUUUCAGCUCGUAAUUUUUUUUUGUCAUGUGUGGCCAGAAGAAUAUAAUCAUUACUGUUUCUCAUUUACUUCUAGACCCGUACGACUGGGGUCCACUCAGUGCGAUUCGAUUCGUUCACUAUCCGAUUAAAAGCAAAGUGAUAACGAAACUUUUCCAUCAAGGGUUUUCGUACUACCGGAGCAAGCAGGUUAACCAGGCCACCUGUUGGGUGUGCGAUCGUACAAAGCAAAGCAAUUGCCGAGCUCGGAUCACAAUUUUCGAAGAUCAAAGAGUGUACAAAGUGACAAACUCAUAUCACACACAUGAUCCAAUGUAUACAAAGCUUUGUUUCUAAUAAAUUCGAGUAAUUCAUCAUCCCGUUCUACUACUUCAUCCUUUCUAUUGAUUAUUUUUUUAUUAUUAGUGUUGAUUACUUAUCUGUCUUCUAGAAAUCGAUUACAUUCCGCCGACUUCGUUGGUUGCCACCAUCAGACCCGACAUCAGUGUAGUACCAGAACAGUAUUUGGUGAAACUAGAACAAGAGAUUCACAUUUCCACCGUGGUUGGUCAACGAGGCAACACAAAGUUGCUGAUCGAAGGAUACACGUACAUUGUCAACAAGAGAAGUAACGGAAAAUGCUAUUGGGGUUGUGCUAAGGCUGUACCCUUCCGUUGCCGCGCACGAUUGAUAACGGAUGACAGCAACUUCUACGAUGUGACGUUCAAAAAUCUAGUACACAAUCAUCGGCCAGGCGAAACGAAACGACGUUAAAAACUAACAUCAGAUUUCCGGAUAUGAAAUAAAGCCAAAUUCUUGAACACGAACAGUUUUCUAUGUUUUGUGAAUGAAGAAAGCACGGCUGUCGGGAGUGCUGAAUCUUGCCGCAUGGACAUUUACACCCGGACAACGAGGUAAACCCAAGCUUGUGAUCGAAAACAAUUCCUUCUUCCGCACCAAAGGGGACACCCAGCGCUCGUACUGGUCCUGUUCGGCGUACAAAUCCAAGAAGUGCAAAUGCAAAGUGGUAACGCAUCGGAAUAGUUUGGUCGUGAAGUACACUCACAAGAGCCAUACGCAUCCGAACGAGUACAACGAUCUGUCCAAGAUCAAUCUGAUCGAUGUGGAUAUCAACGAGUUUUACGAUAAACCGGUUGGCGGUGCCGCCUUUGAAGUGAAGAAAGAACCAUCACUUUAAAUGUUGUUCUAUAGGAUUCCGAAUAAAGUGUCUGUUUUGUACCAUAAGUUGGAAGUAGUACUAGAGUUUAAAACAAAGAAUUAUAACCAAGCGACCGUGUACACCCAUGAUGGUUUUGGACGGAUACAAUCAAGUUAAAAUGCGAUCGCGCCUUUUUUCUAAUAGCAUUGUUGAGAGGUUAUCCCUCCACUAACAGUUUCAUAUUCAUGUUUUAGAAAAGAAUAAAUACGGAGCCCAGUUUGAAUUCGAGGGCAGAGAUGUGAGGAUUGCGCCUAGUAAGUACGGCUUCCCCAAGUUACACCUGGAUGGGUACAUCUACUUGCGCAAUGCCGCAAAGAGUGGAGAAAAGCCUAUUGGGUGUGCGAGCGAGCGAGGAAGACUAAAUGUAAGGCACGAGCUAUAACCUAUCGAGGAAAAUCACGUAUCACAAUGUUCGAGUUCGAUUACAAUCACAGACCGGGAAAAAUGUAAAUAUACGUGAACUUUAAUCCUAUCAUGAUGUCCUUAUUUUCCUGUGCGGCAUUCAUGGUGGACACCCGUAUGGUACGAAUGCAGAACACAAGCAAUAAGCGUCUAAAUAUCGGUUCACUUAUUUUUAAUGAUAAAACUGGUUCAAAGACCAUUGUCAUGAAGUUGAUAUAAUGCAUGAUAAACAUCGAUUAUCUCCUAUUGAUUCAGUAGUGGCUUAACACAUAGAAUGUCAUUGCAUUCAUCGUGAGCACCAGUAUAGCACGAAAGUAAAACACUAGCAAUGUACGCUAAACAUCCCAUUCAUCAAUUUCAGAUAAUACGAUUUGUGUUCCGUUUGAUAAUUCGGACGUAGCAUUCACCAUCAGUAGGCAGGGGAAACCGAAAAUGAUCUUCCGUGGCCACACUUACCUACGGAACAGCAGCAACGCCCAGAAGACCUACUGGAUAUGUGCUGCGGCACGGGAACGGAAGUGUCGAUCCCGUGCCAUUACGACCAAAGGCUUGCGUCACGUAACUGUUAGAGAAACGACGCAUAAUCACUGAUUUUGUGAAUUAUGGCAAUAAUAAUAAAAAAAUCGAUAAAACUUAUUAGUUUUCAUUUUAUCAACUUUUGCGUUCGAAUAUCUGUAUGGAUUGCCAAACUAAUUGCCUUCGGUGUUUGUUUCAGAUCCAUCGAGAAAGUACAAGGAGCUGGUAUUUGUGAGCGGUUUAAGGGGAACACCGAAGCUAAUCGUGGAUGGGUAUUCGUUCAUUCGCAACAAAGGAAAUUUCCGGACCACAUAUUGGCGCUGUUCGAAGCUUCGUACGAUGGGUUGCAAGGCCAAAGUAAUAACCUCUCAGUUGGACAACAAGGUGUCCGUUACCGAUCCCGUUCAUUGUCAUAUGCCCGACUAUCGACAAUAUAUCUGAAAUUAUUUGUUCAAUAAACAGAAAAGAAAAGCAAGA